AUGGAAGGUCUAGGCGACUACGAGCUGAUUGGUCUAAAUAAUGACCUUUUGGGGCAGAGCAGGGUGCCAGGCGACGAAUCAGGAUUCAGGAUGGAGCUGGAAGAAGAGGAUAUGAAGGGGGACGAAGAGGCGUCGACGUUAAGCGUAGAUGGAGACGCCGGUCUAGACAAGGAGUGGGAGAUGGGGACCCAGGGUGGAGACAUCAGUGGGAUGCCGCGUGACGUAAGCCGGUUUGUGAAGGAUGCUGGCAGAAUAGCCGUCACCCUCCAAGCAAGCCAGUCUAGCAGACAACAUCCACUUGUUUUGCCCGAGUCUGGUGAGCCCUCCUUCUGGUCUGGAAGGCGUAGGCAGCCGUUAAGUCAACAUUAG